GAGAUGCGAAGCAGUGGAGGGUACCGCUGACUUUGGGGGAGCGGGGAUGGGCUGGGGGCUGGGGGAGGGAAGGCAAAACGUGUGUGUCGGGUAGUGGGGGGCAUAGUUCCAAAGGCUGUAAGCUGUAGGCUCCCCCACCCUGCGUGGCCGCGGCUCCCAGCGCCCCCCCCCCUUUUCCCAGGUACCCCGCUGCGCCGCCCCUUCGGCUGCUGCCCGGACCCUGGCUCCACUCCCGCCGCCCCCCGCCGACAGACACUCCCCCUCGGCUGACCCCGGCUGACCCCCAGCCUGCAGCGGGCAUCGGGGGGGUGGGCAGGGGCGCGCGCACGAGCCCGCCGGCGCCCCCCACCCCCGUCCCGGCCCCUCCCCCAGCCCCGAGGGAGGGAGCGGGCACACUCCGCCGGGGCGGCAUGAAUCAAGCGCUCGGCGGCUAAGAAUAGCUGGCACGCAGCUGGUACCGAGACGGGCUGAGGAAUCGGCGAGGGGGGAGAAGGGAGCGAGGGGGUGCCCUGGGCGGCGGCGGGGGGCCGGAGAGCCGGGUCGCGAGGAUGAAUGGAGGCGGGAGGGGGGGAGCCCCGCCGGAGCCGGGAACCGGGUGGGGGAGCCCGGCCGGAGAGAGGGGGCGGGAGCGCCCCGAGAGCGGACUCGGGGGCGGGAGCCGAGGGGGCGCGCCGGCCGGUGCGGAGGGAGCGGGGCCCGGGCGGGGACGCGGGGCGCUCUCCAGGCAGGGACGGACCGACGGGUACGGGCAGCGGGACGCAGACCCGGGUCGGCUGGCGCAUUUACAGGAGGCCCUUGGGCUGACCAUUGGGAAGGAGGGCGAAAAUCCCGCGGGAACCUCAGAAAGCAAAACGGCCUGGGAGGACCAGGAUGGCCAAGGAGAGCCUGAGGAGGAUGCAGCUCCAACCUCUUCUUCCAGCCCCAGUCCCUCUCCCACCCCCGAGGACGCCAUCACUUAUAUCCUGGGGCGCCUGGCCGGCCUGGACACAGGCCUGCACCAGCUGCACGUCCGUCUGCACACGUUAGACACUCGCGUGGUCGAGCUGACCCGGGGGCUGCGGCAGUUGCGGGAGGCGGCGGGCGACAUCCGCGACGCAGUACAAGGCCUGCAGGAGGCGCAGAGCCGCGCCGAGCGCGAGCACGGCCGCCUGGAGGGCUGCCUGAAGGGACUGCGCCUGGGUCACAAGUGCUUCUUGCUCUCGCGCGACUUCGAGGCGCAGGCGGAGGCGCAGGCGCGCUGCGUGGCGCGCGGCGGGAGUCUGGCGCAGCCCGCCGACCGCUCGCAGAUGGAGGCGCUCGCCCGCUACCUGCGCGCGGCGCUCGCGCCCUACAACUGGCCGGUGUGGCUCGGCGUGCAUGACCGGCGCGCCGAGGGCCUCUACCUCUUCGAGAACGGACAGCGUGUGUCCUUCUUCGCCUGGCAUCGCGCGCAGCACCCCGAGGCCGGUGCCGAGCCCAGCGCCACGCAGCACCCGCUCAGCCCCAACCAGCCCAACGGCGGCGAGCUGGAGAACUGCGUGGCGCAGGCCUCGGACGACGGCUCGUGGUGGGACCACGACUGCGCUCGGCGCCUCUACUACGUCUGCGAGUUCCCCUUCUAGCCGC